CAAAAAAAAAGUGCGGCUCUGCGGAGGAAACGGAUUGGCGGGCGGUCGAUUGCUGCGGCGACUAUCGCUGUAAACAAAGCUCACUCUUUUCACCACACAAUCUUCGUGCAGAAGAACGACACUCUCAACGCCAACGAUCUCGGAAUUAUUCAGGCUCUUCCACCAUGUCAGCGACAAAAGACAAGUCUAAGGUCCACAAGCUGUCCCUCAAAGGGUCGUCGAAACUUGUGUCUGAAUUCUUUGAGUACUCCAUCAACUCAAUCCUGUUCCAACGAGGAGUCUACCCCCCAGAAGACUUUACAACCGUCAAGAAAUAUGGCCUCAACAUGCUUGUCACCUCCGACGACCAGGUCAAAGCCUACAUCAAAAAGAUCAUGUCGCAGUUGAACAAGUGGAUGAUGGGAGGCAAAAUUUCAAAGCUUGUCGUGGUCAUCACUGACAAGGAGACGGGUGAGCAUGUGGAAAGAUGGCAGUUCGACGUUCAAAUACAUACCAAAAGCAGCAAGUCCUCGGCUGCCCGUAAGGCUGGUGAUAAGGAAAAUGCUGCCACAGGAGACGCGCCCGCCCCUGCUACCGAAACCGUCGAGAAAACCGAGAAAGAGAUUCAGGACGAAAUCCAGGCCAUUUUCCGACAGAUCACCGCCUCCGUGACCUUCCUUCCCGUUCUCGAUGGAGAUUGCACAUUCAACGUGCUCGUGUAUGCGGACGCAGACUCGGAAGUGCCCGUCGAAUGGGGUGACAGCGACGCCAAGGAGAUCAAAAACGCCGAGAAGGUGCAACUCCGAAGCUUCAGCACGAAUAACCACAGGGUGGAGACCCUCGUCAGCUACCGUCUUGCUGACUGAGUUCGGCCUCCUACAAUGGACUAGGGGUGUUUCAUACGGAGGCGUUAAGGACAAGACGGAGGGUUCUUCCAUUUUCUUUCAUUUCUGGGUUUCUGUACAAUGAAUUUCAAGUUUCUAUGGCCAUGGCCUCAAAGGCACCCGUGCCCGGUUAUUUAUCAUAACGACUAAUGAGUAUGCAUUCCUUUUCC